AUGCGUACAUACACAGCGAAUGCAAGAAAAUAUAAACCGCCAUUAUCGCCGUCAUUCCGGCCCCAUUCCUCGACACAGAAAGGCGCUUCCACGCUGAACACCUGUACCGCAAUCGACAUAGCAAUACCGGUACCACCAUUGCCCCGUAAUAUGGCCCCCACCUUUGAGCCCAUUUGUUCGCGUGUGGUCGAUGUCUACCCCUUGACCGACAUACUGUUCCGUCGCACGUGCAUCAUCACCACUAGUCAGGCCGGCAGUGUGAAGUUGUGGACGCGCCCGAGCUUCAUGCUUGGAGAGAAGGACAACUGUGAGGUGAUGUCGAACGGCAAGAACCGCGAUGGGAUGGCCAGGGCUACCCCGGACGAUGUUGUAG